GACGCACGGGCUGCUAAGCAUCGCAAGGUCGCGCAGAACAUGGCCAGGGUCGCGGAGUUAGCCUAUGGCGCCUCGAAGAUCACCCAAACUUUACCCAUGCUGGCAUAUAUUCAAGUCAAGGCCGACGUUACAUCUCACAUGGAAGAGAUAUCCGACAGAGUGUACUCCGUUAGCGACUGCGUCACGCACGGCAAGUCCUGCAUCGCAGAGGUUGCCGGUAAUGCGCGGCCCCUCUCACGCUCCGACAGCCGGGCGUCUGGGCCACCGCCCGCGAGCCCGUCGCCCACCGAGGUCACCGAGGAGGACGAGUCGGCCAAGAGGCGAAGGCACUCCAGGAGCCCCAGCGGGAAAUCUGAGACGUUCCCCGAGGCCACCAGCGGUGCGUCGAGCAGCGGGGGGGCGUCAGCGAGCGGAGUCAAUGUGCUUCUGGGGGCGCCCGCGCCGGCGGUUACGGAUGACGUCAAAGAGGCGGGCGAGUUGCCAGCUAACCCGCGCCAGCGUCUAGUUCCAGCCGACGGGCCCACGGAGGCCCCCGCGUGCGCCGGGGGCGCUACCGGGGCGAUUCCCCCACCUCAAGCGGGCAAUCCGUCGCCCGCAGAGGCGCCCAUUACAAAGGAGCCGAUCGCUCGCAGCGAGACCCACGCCAUCCUGAG